AUGGGCUCCAUCCCUCUCCCAGAUCUCUCCCACCUAUCCCCCUCAGCCCUACCCACCCCUCACGAUCCCCCCUCCACCGCAAAGAUCGUAUCGGCCCUCUCCCUCCACCGUCACUACGAAGGCGGCUUCUACAGAGAGACAGACCGCGCCCCGACCUCGAUCCCCUCCCCGUUUCCAGCAACGCCCGCCUCAGACGAGGCAGCACCCUCCAACAACGACCCAGACUGCCCUCCGCCGACGGCCGAGCAUCAGAGACGCGCCCUCUCGUCCGCGAUAUUCUACUACCUCACCCCGUCCUCGCCCAUAGGCCACUUCCACCGCAACCGCUCGCGCAUAACGCACUCUCUCCACCGCGGCCGCGGCCGCUACGUCGUCCUCCACCCGGACGGCGGCGUCGAGAGUUUCGUCGUGGGCGGUAACGUCGCUGCGGGCGAGAGGUCGCAGUGGACUGUCGAGGGGGGCGAUUACAAGGCCAGCUUCGUGUUGCCGGACGAGGACGGGGACGAGGACGCGUCGUCGUCGAGUGAGGGGCUGCUGAUCACCGAGGUCGCCGUGCCCGGGUGGGAGCCGUGUGAUCAGAAUUUUUUGACGCGGGAGAAGUUGGGUGAGUUGGUGGGCGAGGGAAAGGCGCGAGGGCUGGAGUGGUUGAUUAAGAAGGAGUAA